CCCCCGUCCCCCAAUGUAUACUAUUGACUGGGACGGAGGGAGUAUCAUUUUUUGUUAGAAUCCGAGGAUAGGAAACCAAACAAGUAUUCUUUUCACAUUACUUGUCCAACGCCAUGAAACCAUCUCUUUCUUCCUUGCUUGAUUAUUCCUUUCUCCCUCUAAAACCCACUUCAUAACAUCUACGUACAUGUAUAAUACGUGUAUAUAAGCCCAGGUGGACUCCACCCAUCUCAAUUCACACUUGUAUUCUAUUAUAAAACAAACCCCUUUUCAUUUCUACUGUAACAAUAUAAACCCCAAUUCAUCUGGGAAUUCAAUUUUCUGGGCUUUGACUUUGAAGCUCAACAAACAAUCUCAUGGAUUCCCAGGUCUUGGUUGCUUUAGCUCUUUCUCUUGUGGGUGGUAUGAGUACAUCUCUUGGUGCUCUAUUUGUAGUACUCAAUGAGACUCCAAAUCUGAAAAUGUUGGGACUUUUACAGGGUUUUGCUGCUGGUCUGAUGCUAAGCAUAUCUUUCUUUGAUUUGGCUCAUAAUGCUAUUAACUCCAUUGGAUUCUUGAAGGGGAAUCUUUGGUUCUUUGGAGGUGUUAUUUUCUUUGCUAUCAUUGCCAGUUUCAUCCCAGAACCUACGCUUUCUCCCACUUCAGAUUCAAAAAGUAAAAAGAAAAACAGUACUGGAGGGAGCAAGGACAUGAGAAAGCAUCGUCGCCAAGUUCUAUUCAGUGGGAUCAUAACUGCAGUAGGCAUUAGCUUGCAUAAUUUCCCAGAGGGUAUGGCUGUGUUUCUUGGAUCAAUCAAGGGUCUCCGGGUUGGUCUGAACUUGGCACUGGCCAUUGCUUUGCACAACAUCCCAGAGGGUGUCGCUGUUGCGCUUCCUGUCUAUUUUGCAACGAAUAGUAAAUGGCAAGCAUUCAAACUGGCAACAAUUUCUGGGCUUGCUGAGCCCUUGGGUGUAAUUAUAGUAGCCUAUCUCUUUCCGUCUAGCUUAAAUCCUGAAAUUCUUGACGGAUUACUGGGAGCAGUUGGUGGGGUGAUGGCUUUUCUAACCUUGCAUGAGAUGCUGCCGCUAGCAUUUGAUUAUGCUGGGCAAAAGCAAGCUGUGAAGGCUGUGUUCUUUGGAAUGGCUUUCAUGUCUGCCAGCUUGUAUUUCCUUGAGCUCAGCUUGCCUGCAGAGAUGAGCUUAUAGUCAUCGCCUCACAUUGUAGUAUUGUACAUUUCGUGGGCCUGAUGAUGAUGUCUCCCUGCAGAUUUCCUGUAUUGAUCUCGCAGCUCUCAAACACGCUAAACUGAUCUUGCUUAAAUGAUCCACAAAAAUAUAGUUCUUGUAAGAUUUUAUAAUUUUCAUCAACAUAGCGAUAUAGUUUCUAUCAUUCCUUCGACCCAUCAUACCAAAGAAAUGAAGAUGGGAAGCAUCGAAAAUGUACAGACUCUUGAAUUGUUAUUAAGCUUAAUGUUGUUUCCUCAGUUAAA